ACAUGCCUGUCCAGUCUUAUGAAACCAGAUUGUUGUCCACUGCUAGGAUGCGUGGAACGUCAUCACGUCAAGUCUUGAUGCUUGUGGCGACGGCACUGUGUUCUUGGAGUAUUUUUGUGAAGAAGAGAGUGACUGGAUAUCUCGUGAGAAGACUCUUGGAAGAGUGUAUGGAGUUGGGACGGAAUCCAAUGGAGCUGCAAUCCCUACUCAACCAUUUGCACAAGUCUAUGGAUCCUAAUAGCUUGACAGAAUACGACGAAGAAAAAGUUGCCGAUGAUCUUGAGCAAUUGUACAUGUUACUGAUUACGCCUGACGUGGCUCGAUUUUUGGACGGCAUGGAGCAUGAGCACAAGCUGGUGAUUUGCCCCAGUCAGAUUACAGUAGAGGGUGUGCUCAACCUUCCGCGUGCUUUCAUGGUGGCUGGAGUGCCUUGCUCUGUAGUGUCCCAGUGGGAAGUUGACGAUAAAUCCACAACACAACUAAUGUCACGCUUCUACCAACGCAUGUUGAAAGGGGUGGCUGUGGUGGCUGUGGCGACUGCCCUGCGACUGUCCAUGCAGAAGAUGUUGGACAAUAGAUACAGGAUCCAUCAAUGGGCUCCAUUCAUGGUGUGGGGGCUGCCCACAAUAUGAUUGCCUGAUGAAUUACUAUCACAAUGUUGAGAGCCUUAAAUGUAGCAGGCACUCUCCAUAAUAUUUAUUGUAGACUACAGUAAAUACUAUAGCUAUAGUAUUUAGAGUCUAGUGGAGAAGAACUGUUUAUCUUCGCCUCUUUCUCUUCUUGUAUAUGAGACACAACCAGAUCAAUAGA